AUGGCUGAGAUACUUUGCAAGAAGAUCCCCUAUACGUUCCAAGAUCCGACACUUUUGGAUACGCGGUCCUUCAUAGGAGGCAAAUGGGUCGACGCUCUCAAUGGAGACAAAUUCGCUGUUCUUGACCCGACCGACAAUGAGAAGGUAUGCGACGUCGCAGACCUGGGCCGCGAAGAGACCCGACAGGCCAUCGAGGCGGCGCAGACGGCGUUCAAGACGUACAAGAAGACGACGGCGCGCGAGCGGCGCUUCCUGAUGCGGCGGUGGGCGGACCUGAUCAAGCAGGCGAAGGACGAUCUGGCGGCCAUCUGCACGCUGGAGCUGGGCAAGCCGUACACCGAGUCGCACGUCACGGUGAAAUAUGGGACCGACUUCAUCGACUGGUUCGAGGGCGCGAUCGAGCGGCAGUACGGCGAGACCAUCCCAGCCGCGAGGGGCGAGAACCGCAUCUUCACGAUCCGCCAGCCCCAGGGCGUCGUCGCCGCCAUCACGCCCUGGAACUCGCCCAUCGCCAUGGUGACGCGAAAAGUCGGCGCCGCCAUUGCCGCGGGCAACACCGUCGUCUGCAAGCCCGCGCCCGAGACGCCCCUGUGCGCCAUCGCCGUGGCAAAGCUGUUCGAGCGCGCCGGUGGGCCCCCCGGCGUCUUCAACAUCGUUACAUCGAGCGCGACCAAGUCGGCCCUCGUCGGCGAGGAGUUCACUCAGAACCCUGCCGUGCGCCAUCUCAGCUUCACGGGUUCUACGGCCGUCGGGCGCUACUUGCACGCCGAAUGUGCAAAGACGUUCAAGAAGACCAGCAUGGAGCUGGGCGGGAAUGCGCCCUUUAUCAUCUUCGAGGAUGCGAAGCUUGACAAGGCUGCCGAUGGCCUCAUCUCGUCCAAAUUCCGCUCCUCAGGCCAGACUUGCGUGUGCGCGAACCGGAUCUUCGUGCAGCGCUCGGUGAUGGACAAGUUCGCCACAGUGCUCGCGGAGAAGCUGGCAAAGACGUUCCGCUACGGCUCCGUGUGGGACAGGCAGGUCAACUUUGGCCCGUUGUACUCGCCCAAGGCGUUUGAGAAGAUCGAGGCGCAGAUCAAGGACGCGCUGGCCAAGGGGGGCAGGAUCUACGCCACGGGCGGUGCUCCUGAGAAGAACCAGGACAACGCCGGGUUCGGACCAAACUUCUACCCGCCCACCAUCGUCACGGACGCGACCAAGGAGAUGCUCUUCAUGAAGCAGGAGACGUUUGGGCCGUUGGCGUUUUUGGUCCCCUUCGACACGGAGGACGAGGCUGUGGAGAUGGCCAACGACACCAGCGCCGGGCUCGCGUCCUACUUCUACACCGAGGACAUCUCGCGGCUGUGGCGGGUCGGCGAGGCGCUCGAGUCCGGCAUGGUCGGCGUCCGCGUCGGAUUGAUCAGCGCGUGCGAGCAGCCGUUUGGCGGCAUCAAGGAGAGCGGCGUCGGCAGGGAGGGCGGCAGGGAUGCCCUUGAUGAGUACACCGAGAUCAAGAGUAUUACUGUUGGGCUUUGA